UCACACAGAGAUUUCUCGCGUCGUAUCUCUCUGGAAAGGUUGCAUCAAAAUGAUUUUAUUAUUUUGUUUCCUGGUUGCUUUUUGCACGUUGACGUUUGGAUCACCUUUGGAACACAAUGACCGUGAAAAGAGAGGCUCAUCUAAAAUUCGCGUCUUUGAGGGAGAUAUGUGGCUUACGGAGGAGCAGAUUCAAGCAGCCGAGAAUGGAAUGGAUCCUAAUAACGCUGCUGGAACACGUGGUUUGUCAAAAUACCGCAAAUGGCCCAACGGCAUUGUUCCUUAUACAUUGGCUGACAGUGCAGAUAAGUGGUACAAGAGAGGAGCAAUUUUUAGCGCGAUGAAAGAGUGGCAGCAGAAGACGUGCAUCAAGUUUGUUCCGAGGACAAAUCAGAGAGAUUACAUAGAGUUCUUUGUUGACAAAGGGUGUUAUUCAUAUGUUGGAAGGACUGGAGGAAAGCAACAAAUUUCAUUGGGUUUUGGCUGUGGCUACCAUGGCAUAGCUGUACAUGAGAUUGGACAUGCUCUUGGAUUUUGGCAUGAGCAAAGUCGACCUGACCGGGAUCAAUAUGUGGAAAUUGUGUGGGACCAUAUUAAAGAUGACCAGAAGCACAACUUCAGAAAAUAUAGUCACGGAACUAUCGACAGCCUCGGCGUUCCCUAUGACUAUGGGUCCAUAAUGCACUACGGGAAGCGUGACUUUGCAAAGUGGCCAUGGCAAACUACCAUCAAAACCAAGAAUGGCGCAUCCAUCGGUCAGCGAUCUCAUCUUAGUGCGUUGGAUGUCAAGCAAAUGAAUUUGUUCUAUGAUUGCAAUAAGAAAUAAAACUUAUGGG